AUCUAUAGCUUGGCACAAACAAGCAUGUUUUUCCCGAACACUCAACAUCCAAGCAGCUGAAGCCACAUGCAGGAAUGUUUUCCGUAAGAGAUCGACUCAAAAUAAACCUACUUCCAAUUAAGCUUUUUGCAAUUGUUCUGUUGACUGUCGUGGGAUCAGAAGCUGCAAGGAAGACUAAAUGUGAAGUUGUUAGUGCUUUGCGCGCCCAAGGCGUUCCGGAUGGUGAUCUGAGGGACUGGUUGUGUUUGGUAGAAAACGAGAGUAGCUUCCGUUAUGAUAUCACGAAUGAACAGAACGACAACGGUUCCAAAGAUUACGGGAUCUUUCAACUCAGUAACGGAUACUGGUGUGAUCGUCCCCAUGGAACAACAUCCAGUAUCUGCUGGAGAUUAAAUACCUAUGGCUGCCACGUCUCAUGCAGCAAUCUUCUCAAUUCUGACAUCUCGGACGAUGCCGAAUGUGCUGUAAGGAUCAAAAACUGCAAAGGUUUCAGAGAAUGGGCUGCAUGGCGGGACGAUUGUAGCGAUGUGUCCGGGUCGGAGUUUGACUAUAGCAGCUGCUAAAGUAACCGAAGCCAACGUUGUCCAAUGAACCGCCUUCAAAUUCUGAACAAAUAAAAAUUAGAUAGCUUUUCUUCCCUUAGAUUUACGACAAAAUACUUGAAUUGACCGUCAUAGCUGGGGCCUUUUCUACCAAGGUUCGUGAUUAUGUAUGUAGUUUCAGGCUUGAUUGGAAAAAGGAAAAUGUUCGCCAGCUUUUAGCAACAAAAUCAAAAWAAUAAAACGUAACCAUUCAA